ACCAAAGGCUUCAGAGAACAGCCAUCUUCUUUGCCUUUGAAAUGAGUCGAGGGCAAACACAGAACCAUUCUUUUCCAUUAAGGAUCGUUUCUGUAAAAUGGGGUGGCUUUCGGCUUCUUAAUGAAAUGACUUGCUGGCCUCUGGACAGCAAAUGCUUUCACGACUGUUCAAACUGUAUACUUUUCUCUCUUUGAAACAAUGAAACACGUACCCUUGGCUUUCCCUUCAAGCAAGGGCUCCCCACAUGAAGAAGCCCUGUUCACGUCUGUGUGCCAAUAUGGUGGGGUGGUUGUCAGUGACCCCACUGUCCUUAGUACUUAUUAGUGUUUGCCAGCCCUCGGUGAGCUUCGUGUUGGAUCUCUGCCUUCGGCUCAGGAUUGAUGUGUGAGAACUCACACAUCCACUGCAAUAUUCCAUAACUCUCCCGUGAUUUCUUUUCUUUCCCCUUUCCCUUGUCCACUUCCUAUCCCUUCAUAUCUCCUGAGCACCUAGUUCCUCCUUUAAUGACUCCUUGCACUGAACGCCGUGAUCAGUCUUAGAAGCAUUAUAAUCUGAAGAAAGCAAUCAACUCUCCAACAAUAAAUGGUGGUUUACUAUUUUUUUUAAAAGAUGGAAAUUGUCAUAUGGGAAUGGGGGCAUCGAUGCCUUAACCUAUUCCAAAACUUUAUUUAUCUCAUAUCCGGCCAGGAAAUAGAAUGUAGGUGUGAGAGAGAGUGUGUGCCGGCUCACGUGUGCACAGGUGCAUGUCUUUGAAGCAGCACGAAACCAAAAAGUCUUAUCAAUUAAAGUUAAGUAAAAUUUGUAAUCAAUUUUUAAAGUAGGUAUGUUUUACGGCCUGGUGUUAUUUGAAAGCUGAACAGCUGAUGUCAAAAAUAGACUUCCCAUUCUUUCCAAAGUGUGGCAAAAAUAACCACAUGCCUUUCUUGGCCUCCCAACUCUCACCCCAGAGGGUUUUCUUGUAUAGGAACCAACAAUGCCUUGGAUGGAAACUCUGGAUAGGCUAGUCAUUAUUUUAAGAUUUAGGAGAUUGCAGAUUCUUGGCAGACUCUGGUUGUUUUUCUAGAAUAGUAGGCAAGUAGUUGGACAAAAAGCAAGGAGCCGAUCCAUGUUGCUGGCUUUGGGUUCUUCGUGAACAAAUGAGACAAGAAAAUCUGCAGAAUGCAGGGCAUUUACCCACUGAUGGGAAGGUUCCAGAACAAAGAAGAGAUGGAAGAAACAGGUUAGCGAGAAGGUGUGAUUUUUGCUGCACUAUUUGUACCAACCAUUUGGGUCAGGCCAACCUGCCAAGGAACUACUGGCCAAAGGGGCUGAUGGGCAGGAAGGACCAUGCAGGCAAAGUCACUUCACUCAAGAUGCUGUGAAUCCCAGAUGGAGUUUCAGCAUAUGUGUCGCCAAAGGGAGCAGUCGUGUCCCUCCUUGUGGAGAGAAGGGAACCGAGACCGAGAGAGAGAGGCCAGUGUCCAAGGCCCCACAGGAAGUGAAGGGAAGAGCUGGCAGGAGGGAGACAUGCCGGCCCUGUCCAAUCUGACGCAGACGCUGGAAGAUGUCUUCCGAAGGAUUUUUAUUACUUAUAUGGACAACUGGCGCAGGAACACGACAGCUGAGCAAGAGGCCCUGCAAGCCAAGCUGGAUGCUGAGAACUUCUACUAUGUCAUCUUGUACCUCAUGGUGAUGAUCGGCAUGUUCUCCUUCAUCAUUGUCGCCAUCCUGGUGAGCACGGUGAAAUCCAAGCGACGAGAGCACUCCAACGACCCCUACCACCAGUACAUCGUGGAAGAUUGGCAAGAGAAGUACAAGAGUCAAAUUGUGAAUCUAGAAGAAUCAAAGACCACCAUCCACGAGAACCUCGGGGCAGCGGGGUUCAACAUGGCUCCUUGAUGAGGAGGAAACGCGUCAAGCCAACAGCGGAUACCUGGAUGUGAAGACACACCUGCGCCGUGGAGCAAAUCCAAGUUGUCACUGCUUAGACGACACUAAGCUCCUUGCUUUCUGUUGAGAAUUUUCAUGGAGGUCCCCUGGCAACUCAACUCAGACGACAAUGGUAAUCUCAGUGUGAUUUAGACUUGCUCAUCAGAGCCGUGUUUUAUGCUGAAGAUCCCUUUUACUUUCUGUGCACCAUAAAUGUCACUUUAGUCAAUGUCAAAUUUGACACAUUUUGUCGAGUGAGUGGAAAUAAAGUCAAAUUUGAAGGACA